AUGGUUCAAUACCUUAUACCCAAAUUACUCUAUAUUUGUUUGUAUGGCGUAUUAGGUUCAGCCAUCCCUUAUCUAUCGCUGUUUUAUGCAGACAGCUUGCACCUGCCAUCAAAGCAAAUUGGUAUCAUUCUAGCAAUUGCGCCGUUCAUUCAAAGCGUAGCGUGUCCAUUUUGGACACUGCAAGUGGACAAGCGGCCUCAAUGGCAUGGCGCUUUGAUGGCCAUCUUGAUGCUGGUUGGUGGUUUCAGUGUGAUAGCGCUGAUGUUUAUACCCGUGCUGAUACCUCAAAAUGCAACAUCCGCUAUCUUAUCCAUCACGAUUGCGCUUGCAGUGAGCUUUGCGUUCUUUGGCCAGCCUGUUACUGUGCUGGUAGACAGUGCUGUAUUGAAGAUAUUGGGAGAGAAUGGAAUUUACUAUGGUGAUCAGCGAUUAUGGGGAUCGAUAUCAAAUGGCGUUUGUAUACUCAUGGUUGGCUUUUUUAUUGGCCAAUUUGGCAUCAACUGUGCGUUUUACAUAUUUGGAGCUAGUGUAAUGGGAUUCAUCGCCAUUGCACUUUGUACAAGUGUGAUUCCGUCAGCGCAAGAGGGCAGUUUAACCAACGUGGCAGACGGGGAGCGGGAACCACUUUUGAUUUCACAAGGAAAUAACAAACCAACCAAGGGAUUUUACACAACAGAUCCAAAUACUGACAUGAUGCUCGACCUGGAUGUGCCUUCAUCUAAUAUGCGACGUCUCAGUAGCACCACCAGUAGCCACGCGAAUACACUGCUUCUAGAUGGCGAACACAGCCUACUAAACUUACAACGCACCGUCACCUCUCUGGCCGCUCGGGAUGUCUAUGACGAGUCUAGCCUGCUGCUGGAUCAAAUAGAUAGCUUACCGCCCUUGGGUCUUGCAUUGUCGCAUAUACCCACCGUAGAUACCUCAUUAGCGGUAUUUGCCAACAUCAUGGACGAAGAAGAGAGACAUGAACUGAGCGUAAGUCUCAAGAGCACGAUAUUCGGAUCAGUCAAAGUUUGGACAUUCUUGUUGAUGACGCUGCUAUUUGGCGUAUUCUACUCGAUGGUUGCACAGUUCUUGUUCCUAUUUUUAAAGCAAGACUUGAAUCUAAGUUCAUCCAUCAUAGGAUGGACAGGUCCACUUGGAGGAGUUACAGAAGUCUCAACCUUCUAUGUGUCACGGCUGUUGCUGAAAAAGUAUGAUAUUCGUAGUUUGGUCACUUGCUCACAUUUGACCAUCAUACUGAGAAAUGUAAUCUACAAGACAUUGGUUCCAGGUCAGCAAAGCACGGUUUGGAUAGCACUUUCCUUGCAGCUAUUGAACGGUUUUUCGUAUGCAAUGAUUUGGUCAACAUGUGUGUCAGAGGUUGAUCAAAUGUUUCCAGUGAACCAAAGAGCUGUUGCUCAGGGCAUCUUGGCUGCCUUGUUUUCAGGCCUUGGAUUUGGUUUGGGCUGUAUUCUAGGUGGUUUUGCAUAUGACAAUUACGGGUCUCAAACGUUGUUUAACGUCUCCAUCGCUGUAGCCAUUGCUAGUUUGGUUGUUUUCUGGUGUGGAAGGCUGAAAAAAUCAUAA